AGAUGGCAGUAGAGGGUAGAGAACAUGAUGCUGAGCUGCUGCAGGAAGUUGCGCAUGAGACUAGCUAGAUAUAAUGGCGCCUCUAGAUUUGGAUAAAUAUGCAGAGAUUGCAAAGCAGUGUAAAUACCUCCCAGAAAAUGACCUCAAGAGGUUAUGUGACUACGUGUGUGACCUUCUGCUGGAGGAGUCAAACGUUCAGCCCGUUUCUACUCCUGUAACAGUGUGUGGUGACAUACAUGGACAGUUUUAUGAUCUCUGUGAACUCUUCCGAACCGGUGGUCAGGUUCCGGACACAAAUUACAUAUUCAUGGGUGACUUUGUCGACCGAGGGUAUUACAGUUUGGAGACAUUCACCUACCUGCUGGUGCUGAAAGCCAAAUGGCCUGACCGCAUCACACUUCUACGUGGAAACCAUGAGAGCAGACAGAUCACCCAAGUAUAUGGCUUUUAUGAUGAGUGCCAGACUAAGUAUGGGAAUGCAAAUGCCUGGCGCUAUUGCACCAAAGUGUUUGAUAUGUUAACUGUUGCAGCUCUGAUGGAUGAGCAGAUCCUGUGUGUCCAUGGAGGCCUGUCCCCAGACAUAAAAACUCUAGAUCAGAUUCGAACCAUUGAGCGGAACCAGGAGAUCCCUCACAAAGGAGCGUUUUGCGAUCUGGUGUGGUCGGACCCUGAGGACGUGGACACUUGGGCCAUCAGCCCCAGAGGAGCUGGCUGGCUCUUUGGUGCAAAGGUCACAAAUGAGUUUGUUCACAUCAACAACCUGAAGCUGAUCUGCAGGGCGCAUCAGCUCGUCCAUGAAGGCUACAAAUUCAUGUUUGACGAGAAGCUAGUCACCGUGUGGUCGGCUCCUAAUUACUGCUAUCGCUGUGGCAACAUCGCCUCCAUUAUGGUCUUCAAAGACGCUAACACAAGAGAGCCAAAGCUCUUCAGAGCGGUGCCUGACUCUGAAAGGGUCAUUCCACCUCGAACAACAACACCUUAUUUCCUGUAAGCACUUUAAAAACUCAAACAACGCAGCCAUUAGUUCAGUACACAGAUUCCAACCGGGACAGUGGCAUCAGCACUUGUGAACCCAUAUGAAUUUUCUAUAGUACAUUUAGAAUAUGUACAGUGCAUUUCUUGGUGCCAACUGUCAGUUGUUAUUCCCACUCCAUGCUAUUAUUCUGCAGCUUAUAUCACAGAUUUCAUUACAGCAAAGUUAACAGUAUCAUUGUGCUGUUUAAGUGUUUUAGGGGAAGGAUUGAAAUGUUCAUAUUCAUAAAUCUCUGUUUUACUUCACAAUAAAAAAAAUCACUCUGCUGAGCCAAUCGCAGGUGCAGUGUUAUAUACAAUAUUUCAUUAUGUUUUGUUAUGUAUUAAAACUAGGUGUAAGAUAAUAAAGCACUGCACAAAAGCAAAAAUUGCAUAUAUUCUAACAAAUGUCAGCAAACUUAAAGUUAUUAGUAAUCUCAUAUGAUGUACUCCUGGGAGCUAAUGUGUAAAAUUACCAUAUCUGUUCGUUAGAAGUUUCAGUAUUGUCAAAACUGUGGUACCUUCAAAUAUGAUCUCUAAUUGCCAGAUUUGGAAUCAGCUCUUGUAAUAAUUAUUUUUCUGUGUGUCAUCAUACUGUUUUUAAAUAAAGAAAUCCCCAAAUUGUG